AUUGUGUCGCUAAAUUAUGUGUAAAACAACACGCAUCAGUCAUUUCCUCUUUACCCGUUUUAUGGUUUACUAUGUUAUGCAGAGUAUUAUAUGAACAUCAGACCAUUAGUUUGCUGUCACUGUGUUAAUGACAGUCAAAUGAGACGCAACACAGUAUAUAAUUGUAAAAAGCGGAAUUGAACGUGGAUAUCAUAAAUUAUUCUUUUUCUACGACUCCUUCCUCUUCUAAAACACAAUGCGGGUAUUACACUUUAGUCUAUAUUCUGCAGCUAGACUCUUGAUUUACUUGUCUACCUUUUGCUUUCAAUUUCCUCCGCUCGGAUUUAUGGGUGGGAUUAACGACACGGAAGAGGCGUGUCUUUUGUGGGCAAAACGGAAGUGGUCACGCUUUAGCAUUUCGAAGGGUUUUGGCGGUCACCUGAUUACACUCUUCUUUGGCGCCUUGGUGACGACUGGCUUAGCAAGCAGUUUGAAGGUUUGGUGUUGCAUCGACGUAACAGAUUUUUAGAAUGCAGACAGAUGCCAGGAAGGAGUUGCUGUUGAGAAUGAACAGUCCGAGGCUCAUUGUGAAGUUGCAGAAGCUACAGGAACAGACUCCGGUGCAAAGCAAGACUUCUCCAGUACAUCGCCGGUCAGAUCGUAUUAAAGAAAAGAAGAUUACCGUCUCUCCCCGACGCCCACGUCUGCCCCCAAAACGUCUAGUUGAUGUAUAUGUAUCCACUGAUUAUGGUAGUUCAGAAGAACAGAGACCGUCCAGUAAGCGGCGUUGUUUGAAACAACAUGCGUCUCCCAAGAAGUGUCUCAGCAGGAAUUCAGAGAGUAGUACUGACUCGGAUAGUGAUACAGUGCCAGUGUAUAAUGAUUACCCUGGACAAGGUGAGCUCUCAGAAUAUGAGCUGAAACGUCUGGAGAAUAUCCGCCAGAACCAAGCCUUCUUCUCUGCUCUUAACCUUCCUCAGGCAAAAAGAGCUCUGCAAACACUGGGUGCAAAAAAAUCACUGAGCAUUUCUGCACUUAAAAGCAAGAAAGUUGUAAAGACUCCUACCAAAAAGGUACCUCCUCGAAGGUCUAUGAGGCUACUAAAGUUAGACCCAGAUGGUAACAGCCUGCCAGAACCACCACCUAAGCCACAGACAAACCUUGAGGAAAAUCCUAUGAAACCCCCUGGACCUCUCCCACUUGUACCUAUAAACGUAGAAAUUGGAUGCUUGCCAGCUGAUGUUAUUGAAUCAUGGUGUGAGCCUGUUAAAAGGUUGCAGGAGCAACAAACCUGCUUAAAGAAGUACAAAGAACGGCUUAGCAGUAUGAGUAUCUGUAAUGAUCUGGUGGCUAAAGUAGUCCAGAGUCGCAUACUCUCUGUUGCAGUCCACCCAUGUGUUGGUCGUAUAUUAGUGGCCGCUGGAGACAAAUUAGGUCACGUAGGCCUGUGGAAUGUGAAUGGCAGUUCUAGCAAUGAAGAAAAGAACAUAUACAUGUUUGAGCCACAUAGUCGCUCAGUUAGUUCCUUGCAGUUCUCUCCUGGACACCCUGCCCAGUUGAUCUCCCUGAGCUAUGAUGGCACCAUCCGAUGUGCUGAUGUCCAAAGUUCUGUUUUUGAUGAGGUGUACAGGUCUGAGGAUAGCUUGUCCAGCUUUGAUUUCCUCUCUGAAGAUGGUUCAACACUGUUGAUUAGUAAAUGGCAAGCUACGGUGUCAGUUGUAGACCGGAGGACGCAAAGGACUACCCAUGAGAAACAGGCCAAACUGAAGAACAAGACAGUGAGAACUGUCAAUGUUCAUCCUUCUAAUCGUAAUGUUUUUGUAAUUGCAGGUCAAAGUGGGGCAGCUAUUUAUGAUAUUAGGUAUCUGAAGGCACAAGGCAGUGAUGAUGUCUCUUCACUUGUGGGAAAUAAGAAUACCAUCAGCUCGGCUUAUUUUUCAGCACACAGUGGCAACAGAAUUGUGACUACAAGUAUGGAUGACUUUGUGAGAAUUUAUGACUCGAGUAACAUCAGUGGUACCCUCCCUCCUCUGAUUUCCAUAAGGCACAACAAUCACACUGGCCGUUGGCUGACCAAAUUUGAGGCUGUUUGGGAUCCUCAGCAGACAGACUACUUUGUGGUGGGAAGUAUGUCUUGGCCUAGGCGAAUUGAGGUGUUCCAUGAGACUGGCCAGUUGGUGCAUAUGUUUCUUAAUGAAGAGUGCCUGGGAUCAGUUUGCUCCAUCAAUGCCUGGCAUCCAAGCAGGAGUGUGCUAGUUGGGGGCAAUUCAAGUGGGCGUCUACAUGUGUUCAUGUAAUACCUGUUUUAGGAUAUUUUUGUGUUAAAUUUAAAAUAAUUCCACUUCUCCUUUCUGAUGUAGCAGUUUCUUAUGUCUGUUUACUUAUACCUUUUAUCUUA